AUGCUUUCUGCCGGUUCAUUAUCCCAGGGUUCUGGCCCAGUUAAUAAACUGUUCAAACGAAAAACAAACAAGGCUAAAAAAGGCAUCAAUGCUCUCGUCUUGGCAUCUGGAGCCAUGUCUGCAACAGCGUUUCCUUCCUUUUUCUCCUUCUUACCCUUUCAAACGGUCGACGUUACAAAAGUAACUCCAGUGAGCAUGCAUACCGCGGCUCCACAUCCAAAACUUCCAUCCAAGCCAAACAUCCGACGCGUAGCAAGUCUUUCAGCCAUCCCACUUCAAACUCGGCCAGUAUCUACUCGACCUUCAAAAUCUCAGUCCGCUGUUAUCAAUGGCACGCUGAAGCAUUUGGAUGAUGACGAAGAUUUUGAGGCGUUUGUUGCAGAGUGUGAUGAGUUUGCCAAGAUAACUGAUGCCACAAAAGGGUUGUAUGUUGCACCUGCUGCAGAAGCACUUGAAGCCGUUUUACAUUCAUCUGUUCUUGAUUCACCGGUAUGUAUGCCAGUAGAACUGCAGUCAAACAGCGGAAACAAUGGGUUCCAGAGCAUAGCGAGAAGAGUUCAAUCUACACCUGGAGCGAUAGAUGCUCGUCAUCGUCCUCUUGCAUUACAGAUUCCUCAUACUGGUGAAUCUACCGAGUACGAAAGUCAUUGUGCAACAGCAAGAAAAAAGUCCAUUUCAAAGAUUUCAACUUCGUUUUUCCAUGCUUCCAUUCAGGCGCGAGCACAAGCUAAACUUGAUCGAGAGCGAGAAAUGCAAGUACCAUCUAGUCGGAGUCAGCCUCCUCCCCUGCUUGAAUCAUGGGAUGACGAUUUUGAACAAAGUGGUGGUGUAGAAAGUGAUCAUGAAGAUGGCUAUGAGGAAUUUUGGGAUAAUGAAAUGUUGGUUGUGCCUCAGCAUAUUAACCAGCAUCAAAUGCGUUUGCAGCGUGAUCGAUUUACUAUUCGUGACUUUGCGCUUCAUGUUCAGGAUCUAAGAUUGAUAUAUCAGGAAGUAGCGGAUGCGGUGAAGCAAGGAGCAAAAAAGAAUCCCAUGAUGUUUGCUCAACAUACGCAAAAAUUCCAAAAGGUGCUUGAUAUUGCUCAAGUCAUAUUGGAUAUUGCUGAGCACGUUGACGAAUCUACCAACGACCCAUCCAAUACACCUCCAGUUACACCCCUGACAUCUACAUUUCCAUCUACUACCUAUUCUCAUGCGCAAAGGGAAAUUACUCCAAGACAUAUUGAGGUACUGAUCGAUUUAAUUGCAAAAGGCGUGCCAAUGGAAGUUGUUGACUCGGAUGGAAAGAAAAUCAGCACAGGUGUUAUUGUUGGAGUAGAUGAGCGUGCAGCACUCGAAUGUGUAAACAAACUUGUCAGAGACCAAGUUUUGGCGUUUGAAAGCAGCCUGAUUGGAGUUUUGAAUGCUCGUAUGGUGCCAUUGAAAACUUGCUUAAAAAUGUACGAGAAGCUUGUGUGUUGA